AUGGGCGGAGCUUGGGGAAACUGUGCGGCAAACGGCAAUAAAUUUGAAUUCGAAAUGGUUGGGCAAUCCUGACGAAUAUUGUCUAUUUCCCUCCCAAUUUCUUCAAAUUUUCACAAUUUUUAGUAAUUUCAGAUCCUAAAGUUAGUAUUUCUCACUAGAAUUCCUAAUUUCCCGUUAGAAAGUCAGUAGAAAGUCUAUUCACAUUUUUCCUGUUCAGAUGCCGACAAAGGUGGUUCUCGAAUUCGAGGCCGGCGAAAGCUGUACGUGCCUGUUCAACGGCGUCGCCUACGACGCCAAGGUGCAGGAGAUAAAAGACGCCGACACACCGAACCCGAAAUAUGUGAUACACUUUAAGGUUUUCAUAUAUCGAUCGACCAGAAGUCGAUAAUUUGUCGAUUUUUAGGGGUGGAACACUCGGUACGACGAGGCUUUGCCGGCCGACAAGGCCUCAGAGCGGCUGUUCAAGGGAAGCGCCGCAGAUUAUGUGAAAAACAACGGUGGAAAACUGCCGGGGCUGAAGAUGAACCGGCGACCGAAGGCGCCAGAAGAGCAGCCGCCCGGCGCCGAGAGCCGCGAAGAUUCGCCGGUCGCGUCGACGUCAAAGACGACAAAGUCGGUGAAGAGAAGCGCGUUCCCGGUGGCGAUUCUCGACGAGAAGGACCUGAACAUCGAGCUGCCGAAACCGCUGCGCCGACUUUUGGUCGACGAUUACGAUCUGAUCAGCAGAAACUUCAACCUCCGCGUGCCCGCCGAAUGGACCAUCGACAGAAUUGUCGCCGACGUACGCUUUUCCCUGAAUUUUCCUCCAAAAAAUGCAAUUUUUCAGUACAUCAAGACGAUUCCGGUGACGCACGAGCAGCUGAAGAGCAUUGACGAGCUGUACGUCGAGUACGACAACGCCGAUCAGAAGGUGACGAACGUGGCGCUGAUCUGCACCGCCCGCGGUCUCUGCGACUAUUUCAACGUGAUCCUCGGGUAUUUCUCAUUUCCAAGGGAGUGAUCGCAUAAAAAGCCAAUGAAAUUUGCAGAUACCAGCUGCUGUACAAGUUCGAGCGCAAUCAAUACAACGACCUGGUGCAGGCGGAGGCUGCCUCAAAGGGAUUGAAGCGCGGAAACGUGGCGACGCUGCCGGAACACGGAUUCCGCGCCUCCGCGCACUACGGACUCAUCCACCUCGUGCGCAUGAUCGCGCGCCUUCCGAAGCUGCUUAAUCUGACGCAGUGGAACGACCAUCUAAUCAACGUUCGUUGCCCCACGUCUUCUUCUUCUGACCAAUCCGCAACACUUCAGCGCAUUAUGGGCGGUGUGCACGAUUUCGUCGUCUUCCUCAACAAGAACCACCGCCAGUACUUUGCGUUCGCCGACGAGUACCAGUCGGCCACCUCGGAGUACUACCGCCGUGCCGUCACCGCCGACGACGAGCUCGGACCGAUCGCCUAA